GCGAAUAUAAGGGCUUCCCCGGGAGAGCAGAGGCCAGUCUAGAGAGGAUCAGAUCAGAAGAUCAGGAAGAAGUCUGACAGCCGUUUUCUCCAGCAUCAGCAGGAUGCAGUUCUGUGCAGCGGACCAGCCGUACCCGUCAAAGGACACCUUCCAGGUCAGUGAGAUGGAUGUCCAGGUAGCCGUGACCAAGAAUGAGCCCAAGAAGAGCUUCAGGAAGGCCGUGCUGAUUGUCAUUGCGAGCGAGAGCAUGAAGAAGUCUCCCACCAGGCUCUUCUCGGACGAGGACCUGAUGGACAUUCUGAGCACAAUCUUAGAACCGGUCACUUUUGACAUCUACGGAUGCACAGAGGCCACUGAUUCCACCUAUCACCUCAGGAAGAAUAUCAUCUACGACAUCAAGGACUCUGACCACAAGUCCUUCGUCUUCAAGGAGCCCGCACAGUUGGUGGCCAUGCAUCUUCAGGGCCCCAACAUUGAGCAAGCAGUGAAAUUAAAGAUGUCUAUGUAUCGUCCAAAAGACGAGGCUGGAACUCUAAAGGUCCCUGUGGCUUUGAGCAUCCAGAAGGGGAAGCUUUAUAUCUCUUGCAAAAAGAAAGAGGGACAGCUGCCAGUGCUGCAGUUGGAGGAAGCCACCCUCCAAGGGAACCUUGACAAAUCUCAGCUGGGCCGCUUCCUUUUCUACAAAAUUGACAUCGGAAAGUACACAAGGUUCGAAUCAGCCGAGUGCCCAGGAUGGUACAUUUGCACGUCCACCCAGUCUGAGGAGGCUGUGGCCGUGACUCAGGAGAUCGGAGGCCCGAGGAUUGUGAAUUACAGCCUCAUCAGCCAGUGAGCGGAAGACUGCCCUGCUCCAGACUUUGCGAGGCUCCCGGACAUCUCGGCCAGGCAAAGCCAGACGUGGUGUCCCCAUUGUCGGGGACUUUUUCUUCAGCUGGAAAGUCUCCGUACCGAGAUACAAACUGUUUGUGUGUGUGCAUGUGUGAAUAUUUAAUAUACAUAUUUAUUACUAAUUUAAUAAGUAUUUGCCAGGUUUUUUUACCAGUUUAUAUGAUGAUAAAUUAAGUUUUAUAUUGAAG